GAUGGAGCUUAAGGCGGAGAAAAAAGACCACGACGACGAUGAAAACGGUGGACGGCGACAGCGACAGCAGCAUCGUAGCACCACCGUUGCAGCUGCAUCGGCUACUACGAUGGAUGGCGGUAAUGGCGACGAGCUUUCGGAUCAGGAAAUUGUGGAAGUUGGCAUUGAUGAGGACCACAUCAAGUUUCUCACCAGCAUGCAUUCGGGCGACGAGGAACCGGCAAGCAACGGGCAUCGACCAUCAUCGACGGUAUCGCAUCGAACCGUGUCGAAUGGGGUCACCGGAAAUGGACGGCAGGCACGGACAGAUGUCGAUAGCAGUAGUAGCACCGGCGGAAAGAAUCGUCGUGCCGCCAUGUUGCACGUUCCAGCACAUCAGAAUGGUGCGUUGAAUGGAUUGAUGAAGAUUCAGCAGCGCACCAACAAUAACGGAGCACCAGGACCACCAGCUUCUGGGUACAGUGAGGAUGAUUCGGACGACGAUGGUGAGGAAGAGGACGACGACGACGACGACGAUGAUGAUGAUGAUGAUGACGAUGAUGACGACGAAGAUGUGAUGGUCGUCGCAGCAAACAUCCUAUCGAAGACGGCACAGAGGUCAUCGUUGCUUGGCACCGGGCGUACAUACCAGUGUGACGUAUGUCCACGGAUAUUCCACCGGCCGGAUCAUUUACGCUAUCAUAUGCGUAUCCACGAGAAGAACAAUCCGUUCGAGUGCAAACUUUGCUUUAGUGUGUUCGCUUCGGAUCCUGCAUUCGCGCACCACAUCCGUACCGAGCAUGCCGGGAUGGGAUUGGCCGAUGCACUACCACCGGUACCCGUGACGGAGGCAAACUUUUUCGCCUGUACCUACUGUGACAAAUCGUUCACUGAUGCGGUUGAGCUGGAGGAGCAUCUGCAUCAGCAGCAUCUUGGUGAGCGGCCGUACAAGUGUAACAUGUGCCCGAAAGCGUUUAUACGGAUAGAUUUCCUCCAGUGUCACUACCAAAAGUAUCACAGCUUUCACCCCAUGGACGAGGAGGAGGAGGAGAAAGAGGAAGGUGAAGAAGAGGUACAAUAUUUGCCGAUGGAACAGCAUCAGAUGGCUCAGCAACCGCAGCAUCAGUCGUAUUCGCAGUACGAAGGUAGAGCGAAACGGCCCCGACUUAUGGUGCGAAAGAUAGAGGAUUUGGUGGACGAUAGAGCGAUGAAGGGUGUUAGAAUUGGUGGUGUAUCGCGGCGUACAUCACAUACCGGCACCGGAACGAGCAUUUCGAGCGAUGAGCACCGUGACGACGAGGAUGACGAUGAGGACGGGGAUGAUGAGGGAACGGGCGCGGAAAGCAGUGAUCAACAUGGCAAGUUUCUUCAGCGAAAGGAAGCUACGGCUGGGCGCAGUGUUAUGCCGAAGCUGAGCAGUAUACAUAGCCGGUUCUUGGUGGCAAUGGAGGAACAGCAUUCAAAAAAGUUGGCCGAAGAGAGUGUUAAGCAUCGGUGUCCGGUGUGUGACCGAGGGUUCGCACGUGAAUCGGAUAUGAUGGUGCACGUGCGCACGCAUCCCGAUUUACCCACCUUCAAGUGUCCGCUGUGUGAGAUGACCUUUAUCGGAUCGGAUUAUUUGAAGAAUCAUCUCAAGAAGCACGUAAUCGGUAAUGGGGAAGAUCCAGAUGCACCGGGAGCGAUCGACUUGAAUGCUGACCCACCAACGGAACCCACUCCCGCCGUCGGUGGACUUUCGGCGGAUAACGUUCGAACAUCGCUCUCCCCUGCUGUUGCGCUGCCGUCUACAGUAAAGCUGCCGAAGCCGAUUAUUACAUCGAAACCACCUUCCACAGGCAUAUCUUUGCUGAAACCGAUCGAAGAACGAAAACCUCCGGACCACCAGCAAGAGUAUUGCGUGAAAACUGCCGACGGCAAGUUUAUGUGUACGGUUUGCGAACGGCUCUUUUCACACCAGCAAACGGUGCGCAUCCACUUCCGCAACCACACGAACGAAAAACCGUACAAAUGCACAUUUUGCGAAGAGUCCUACAUUCGGUCUGAUUAUCUCGAGCGUCAUCUGAAGGUACACUUUAAGGAUGGCAUGCUGCCUUCGGUGGCGAUUGCUAGCAUGGCAGCGGCGGCUGCCGCAGUGGCAACGGGUGGUAACCGGUCGGCUACCUCCUCUCCGCCACUAACGAUAAAGGAGGAUUCACAUGCUUUGGAAAGUCCGGCUACUCCGGCAGGAGGAAAUGUAGCAACGGCGACUACCGCGACGAGCAGUGGUUCCACCGGCAAACCACUGAUCGGGCGGGCAGGUUUAGCUCCGGAAAAUUAUCACUUCACCGAGUCGAACGAUGGACAGUUUGUGUGCAAGAUCUGCGAUGCCGUGUUUAAUCAGGUGGCCUUACUGCGCAAACAUGCGCUAGCGCACACGGAAGAAAAACCGUUUCAUUGUGACAUCUGUGAUCGGUCGUUUAAUCGGGUCGAUUAUCUGAAGGAACACUUUAAGUCGAAGCGACAUCUACUGCUAUUGGCGGAAUCUGCUGUCGGAGAAGAAAGUUUCCCAGCGCCAACCAUGAACAGCCGAGCGGAUGAGGAAGACGAUGAUUCCACGAUGGAUGAAGGAAUUCGAUCGGUGAAACGUUCGAAAUCGGUUGGGAACAAAAUGAAGGAAGAGGUUGUCACUGUGGCGAUGAACAAUGGAGAAGGAGGUCGUGCGGUGAAAGUGAAGGAGAAUCAUAGUACUUGUAGUAAUAGUAGUAGUAGCAGCAGCCGCAGUAGCAGCAGUAGCCGAAGCAGCGUCCAUAGCAAUAGAAACAACAUCUCCGUAUCACCGAGCCCUCUGAAAAAAGAGUUCGGCGAAACGCGAUCGAUGUUGGGCGAGUUUCAUCGGUCCGAUUAUGAACGCACCAGCGACGGACGGUACAAAUGCAACCAGUGUGAUAAGACGUUCGUGACGGCCGUCACGCUGAAGAUGCACAUCCGGUUGCACACGGGCGAAAAGCCUUACAAAUGUGACAAGUGUGAUAAGGCGUUCAUACGCUCGGACUAUCUGAAAACGCACGAAAAGUGCCACCGGCAGGAAUCGUUCCUUAGUAUGCUUUCGCUGACGACAUCUAAGGAACCGAGUACGGCCUCGGAAGCGGGUGAUUCGGAUGGUGAAGCGAUGGACGACGACAGUCGGCAUCAUCGUGACAAGCAUAUGGUUAAUGGAGGAGGCGAGAGCGGUGAUCUGACUGUUGGUACGCAAGAGCCAGCAAAGCAAGAACCAGAAGAGGAUACCGACGGAGAAGAGCAAGACGUGGAGGAGGAGGAGGAGGAGGGAGAGGAAGAAGAGGAAGAAGGCGGAGAAGAGGAAGCGGAAUCGGAGGAGAGUGACGAUGAACAGGUAAUCGAAGUGAUGGUGAAGGAAGCGAGCAGUUCCGAAAGCGAAGAGGACGAGGAAGAUGGAGAGGAUGAUGAGGAGGACGAGGACAAUGAUGUAAAAUUUGAAAUUGGUGAAUUAGCCGGACAUUCACGAUUUGCAACGGACAACAACAGUACACACCGAAUCGCAUCCAGCAGAAUAAUCGAUUCGGAACUCCGGCGAAAGGAAAAAGGAUCGAGCGGAAAGCGAAGAAACCGAACGAAGAACGCCUCCGUCUCCUCAGGACGAGCGUUCGCGGCGGCGGCUACUAGCGGUGGAGACAGUAGCAACAAUGGAUUCGAUCACGAAGACGACAGUACAUCGCAAACGAGUGGACCUGCCGGUGGGCAACCGUUUAUGUCCAACGGUCAGAAGGGUAAACACCGAUGUCCGAUGUGCGAUAAGCUGUUCGCCUGGCCAAAAUCGCUUAAAAUCCAUCUCCGAACACAUACGGGCGAAAAGCCGUAUCGGUGCGACAUUUGUGGCAAAUGCUUUGGACGGUCGGAUAGCUUGCGAGGUCACAAGCGAACGCACACGGACGAUAAGCUCAUACAGUGCCAUCUAUGCGAUGUAAGCUGUACGACUGCGCCCGAACUGGUGCAGCAUCAGUAUACGGCGCACGGUUUAAAGCCGUUGGAAAGUUAG